AUGCAUAAAGUACUGGUGCCCAAGUAUUCUGGAGCUCAUCGUUUUGCUUGUAAGAGAUUACUCUCUACGUUUCCAGCCCUUCCAGCUGACAAUCUGCCUCCAAUAGGUUUAGCACUUUAUCGAGCACUUCUCCGACAAUGCCGUCCUUCAACAAAAGACACUCCGUGGCUGGGUGAGACUAAAUCCCUUGUUCAACAAAAUUUCCGAAAAUAUAAAAAACUACAAAGCCCAUCACAAACAGUAAAUGCCUUGAAGGCAGGCUAUGAGGCUCUAGAUCUCCUCUCUUUGUCCCACACCAAUCAACAUGAUGCACACCGGAUUAGAACUCUCGUAGCUCAAGCUAGGGCACAGAAAGAUAAAUAUGCUGCGAUGCAAAGGAAAAUUCGGCCAAUAGCGCCGCCUGCCAAACCCCUUACGCCCAAGAAAGCCCGAAAAGAAAACUCAAUUCGCUUACAGGAGGAAACAACUCAGCGACAUCCCAAUGCCACCUCAGUCCUCAACCGACCCCGGCCGUUAGGUGACAAGAAGCGCAAUGUCCCUGUACUUGUCAAUGCACGCGGACUUCCGUUCUUGCGCUAUAAAAAGCCGCAGCCGAGAAAUGUCAGCGGUGUGAUACGAAAAAAACUUGGGUGUCGUUGGGACUGGAUUGAACGUCGAGACAGGCUGAAAAUAGAGCUACUUUUCGCCAAGGACGAAGAAGAAUGGGAUCACAUCACCAAGACCAAGGAGCCGUCCACUUGGUCCGAGCAUCCUGCAAAUGCUAUUGCCGAUGUUAAUGCAAAAAUUGGACACUUCGACAUGCGUGCUAAAGAGCUGGCGGAUAACAUGUGGAAGAUCAUUCUAGCUGAAAGGGCUUUGGCGGAAGAAGAAGCUAGCCAAAAGCAGCCAAAGCAAUGA